AUGUCAGAUUUGUGUCCUGUUUAUGCACCAUUUUUUGGUUCCAUCGGCUGUGCGUCCGCCAUCAUUUUCACCUGUUUUGGUGCAUCUUACGGUACAGCUAAAUCCGGUGUCGGUAUUUGUGCUACCUGUGUAACUAGACCUGACUUGUUGGUCAAGAAUGUUGUUCCAGUUGUUAUGGCAGGUAUUAUUUCUUUUUUUGGAUUGGUUGUGUCUGUUUUGGUGAGUGAUUCUUUAGCUCAAAAGCAAGCAUUGUACACAGGAUUCAUCCAACUAGGAGCUGGGUUGUCAGUUGGAUUAUCCGGUUUGGCAGCAGGAUUUGCCAUUGGUAUCGUUGGAGAUGCUGGUGUUAGAGGUACUGCUCAACAACCAAGAUUAUUCGUCGGAAUGAUUUUGAUUUUGAUUUUCGCUGAAGUUUUGGGUUUGUAUGGUUUGAUUGUUGCUUUGUUGUUGAAUUCAAGGGCUUCUCAAGAUGUCACUUGCUAA